AUGGAUAUCGGCUUGCCCUAUUAUCAUCUAUGUUCGCUAUCCCCUAUUGGCAACAGUCGUGUUGUCGCCAAUUGCCCUGUCAACACCCCUGCGAAGUGCUUAGCUGACAUCACUCCGUCCAAACCAGGCAUCCUCAACCUCAUCUUCUUCCACCGUUAUUUCCCAUCAAUUCGACCGACAACCUUCGACGUCCUCGACUUCACCCUCCCCGCAAUUGACGAUGCAGAGCUCGAAACCCUGAUCGAAUCCCGCAUCAGCGCCCUGGUCCGCCAACAUACCUCCGCUACCAGUACGCAUGAAGGCGGCGGCGGCGUACGCGGUCGCAUCGCGGUCGAGUUUUACGAGAAGAAGCGCAAACGCUCCGGGGUGUGGUUCAGCGGGCUAGCGGGCAAGGGAGAAGAAGAAGUAUGCUGGGAGGUGUGGAACCUAGAUGUGACGAUCGCCACGCCGCGGACAGAAUCAGAACGCGCCAAAGUCCGCAAGGCGAUGGAGAACAUGCUCCAAAAGGCGGCGCUGAAGAUCCUCGCCGUCGUCAAUCGGGAUAAAGAUCACAUUCCGCCGAUCACCACCAGCGACUCUAACCCCUUUCCCUAUCGAAUCGUUCUGAAUCCCCGCUCGGACGGCUGGCAGAACCGGUUCGGCUUGUACUAA